AUGGCGUCCAGAAGAACCAAGAUGAGCAACUGCAUCAACAAAUAUCUGGCUCUAACCAACGUAGCCACGAACUAUGCAAAGCGAAUGAAUCGGCUGAGCAACAGAAUUUUCAACGAGCCGGUGCGACAAAUGGCUCCAAGAGACUGGAAAGUAAUUUCCCUGCUGUCAGAGCUGCCAAGGCAAAAGGAUCCGGAAUACACGCAGUACUACCCUAGACACGUAGAGACGUGGAAAUUCAUGAUGCAGUUGAGGAACUACGGUCUCUUUAGGGACGAACACCAAGAUUUUAAGGAAGAAAUGGUUCGACUUCGAAUCCUGAGAGGAAAGACGAAGCCAAACCCUGGAGAGGGUAAAAGGUCCAAGAAGAAGUAA